ACCCACUUCUCCCAAAUUGACCCAUCGAGUUUCCCUUUCCCAAUCUCACUCAUCCGGCACUUUCAAUGAACACGAUCGAUAUCACUUAUUUUUGCUAGCAUCUCCCUUCAGCUACCCAAUCUCCUUACUCUUACCAUGGAAACUGCAAUUUACUUCGUGAUUGGACUGUCUUGUAUUUUAUUCUUUUUCGUUAUAGUACUCGCUAUCGUUUUCCUCUGGACAAGGUCUAGACCUCGUCAUAACUCGCGAUCUCCACCCUCAACUGUUGCCUCUUCUAACCGAUCUCGUAUGGCCGCUCGAUGGGCGCACAUGCAACAAGGAAGUCUGAAGCCCAACGAUAUGGGUCAACAAUCACCUGCUCCCAAGUACGAAGACGUCGAGGAAGUGCUUGGUUCCAACCCAAACCACGACGAAAAUGUCCCUUUCCCGGACGAGUUCGGCAUAGGUGGUGGAAUUUCAUCCUCGCGCAAUCGUUGUGGCUCACUCACUGCUUCUAGUGCAGCUGGGAGUGCCCUGGUGGGCGCCGGCCCCAACGGAACCCGCACUUUUCUCAAAGGCUGGUUCGGUUUGGAUGAGCCGAAUUAUUCGGGUUUCAAUGUCGCACCUGAAGUGCGUGAAAAAGGUCGAGGUGAUACAUUGCCUAUGCGUACGCCCGGCGGGUUGCCUUCAUCUGCGGCCAGCGACUCUGUUGUCCCACAUCAUCGAGUUCCAACUCAAGAGGAAUCUGAUGACGUCGAUUGGGAGACUGCAUCGGCUCACGAAGAGACUGUUUGAAAGGUUCCGAUUAGAUUCUUUUUGCUUGUGUUGUUGUACAGCCUUACACUUGUCACAUUAUCUCUAGUCUUCAUUAUUAUUCCCUGCGCAAUUUGUUCUUCAUUCAGUUUGAUCGUCAUAUAUAUAGCUUGCUGCUUGCUCACUCGUAUGGUGCUGUGAUUUGAUGAGUCCCAUUUGGACUUCCCUAAUGUCAUUCUUCUCGGUCUCCACUGUACCUAAUCAACCUGGCCAGACGACCCACGCGGUUCAAUUUGCCACCUGUAAACCUGUACCUAUGUAGGCU